AUGGCGGAUCGGUUGACGCGUAUUGCGAUCGUGAGCGGCGAUCGCUGCAAGCCAAAGAAGUGUCGGCAGGAGUGCAAGAAGAGUUGCCCAGUCGUCAAGACUGGUACCGCCAUCGCCGUCCCACCCCCUCUCUCUUUCACCAUCGUUAUUUCUCCUAUUCUC